UAAUAGAACCGAAAAAGACGACGAAGAAGCAGCGAAAGUAACAACGUCGGCUGUACAUUGGUACCAGGUUGGUAAAGUGAGACGGUGCGUCUUUCCACAAAAAUCGGUAUUUAAAUAUAAUAUCAGUAUACGCAAGUACAUCGAGUGUUAAUUAUGUAGUAGUAAUCAUAUUGUAUAAUGUCGCCAUGACACUAAUCCUGACCUAGCUCGCUAGCUAGCCAGCUAGGUAAAAUGGCUUCCAUGUGACGACUCACUAAGACUGGUCUACAUUUACUGAUUUAUUUUGGCUCAUGUCUGUUUUUGUUUUAAGUGGGCGUUGAGUGCACGAUUGCAUUCCUUUUGUGUGUGGACGUCAAUAAGAUGUUGCUUGGCAAUGGUCAUUAAUUAGUAAUCGUCUCGCAUUAUUUUGUGCAUAUAACGGGAGGUACUACUAUUCUUUCCUGUUCCACUUGCGGCUUGGUUGAGAAGCGUUUAAUUGUUGUACCCACGUACCAUGACGCCAAACGUUGCUUGCUUCCUGGUAAAGCAUACUGUAAUUGUGGAAAUAUUAUACAGUUGAUUAGUCCUUUACCGGGGCUCUAUUUAUGCAACCUUGCUUAGUUGCCACCGUCAAGAAAUGCAUUAUUCACAAAAAAUUAGGGAUAUUUUGGGUGAAAUUUGAGGAUGAACCUAAAAUGCACAAUAAUCUUUACAGGUGAACUUAAUGUGACCUUGUAUACACUUUUAAAUACACGCACACAUCUGGGUGUGUGAUUCAUGCAUCCACUAAUUGAUGUCCUGGUUUUCUCUGUAACUGAUAUUCUUGCAUCCAGAAAAUAUUCAUAAGUACAUAUAAUUUAGUUGAUGUUCCAAUUCCCAACUAAAGCUAUCUCAAGGUCUUUCAGGAGCUGGGAUCACACUCAUUCUUUUUAAAGAAAUGUUUGGACUAUAUUUAUGUAAUUUUAAUCUGUUGAGGUAAGCAACUCUACUACAUCUUUGUGGUUGAAGAUUUUUUUACAGGCCCUUUCGGUUCGUCAGGUGAGAUACUGGCUCACGUAAAGAAGCAGUUGGUGUCAGGUUGUUCACCCGACGGGACACAAAAGUCCUGUAUGAGACCACUUUGACUCUAGGUUAUGUGUUAGUUGUCAGUUAUGAGGUUUUACAGGCAAGUUUUUUCCAUUUAAUGUAACUCCGUUUUCAGGGGCUUGAUAGUAGUUGAGCAAUUGACUCUCCGAUUAAUAAAGACUCUAAACAUACUGCUAAAGCAAGAAAACUCAGAAUGGGGCGAUGUCAAAAGGACUUAAAGCAAUCAUUCACUGCGAGUGAACUUUGUCCAAAUACGUUUGAGCCCCUAAAAAUGGAGGUACAAAAAUGUAUAUAAUACUUAUAAUAAUUCCAUAGUUUUGUGAAAUUUCUGGAUUACAAACCGAAUCAUAACACUGUCCAAGGCUUUCUGCUGUAAGUUUCCAGGAGACACACAAAAAUUGGAAUGGAAUGAAUGUAGAGUACAGACACGGUGAUGCGUGUUCAUAGAGUGGAACCUCGGUUUUUUGUUUAGCAAGCUAAUAGGGUGCUAACAAGAAAGGACGUUUUGUUCUAAACAAAAAAUAUUAAGAACACAGUUGGACUCAUACAGUGUAUUAAUAACACGACAAGAUGCGCUAACUGGAGAAUGCACGCAAACUGAGGAAAAACUGUGGCAUAAAUUUUCCACAACUGAAAAACAUGCUCACCGUGGUUCCACCGUAUUUGUGCUUGUAUCUGAGCUUUUUGCUAUUUUCUCACCUUCUAUUAACCCCCUCGUCAGCCCAUCUGAGCCUUUCAUUUAGGGGCUCUUUACUUGAGAGUUGGAAUUGAAGUGUUUUGGCUAAAAAGUGAAACAUCAGAACAAGAAGUUUGGUUGCCUUCUAUUCAACUGGGGAUAUACAUACAGGGGGUUUGGCUGCUUUAAAGGUUAUCCAUAGUUUCCAUUUGUGAUUUUAACCAAAUCAACAUCUUUACUGUACAUCAUUUGCUUUUCUGCCAUUAAGGUAAAGCAUUGUCGACACAUUCAAGUCUGAAUAUAUUAAUGGAUUGAGACAUGCUUCAAAGAAGAAAGCAUGCUUGGGACUAUGCCAAUACCUGCUCAUCUAUAAUAGUGUAUUUCUGCUUUUCACCUCACAGCCACGCUGUGCAUACAGAGUAAUUUGCAUCUUGCGUGCACCCUUCAUUUGGAGCCCAUUUCAACAUUGUCACCAGCGGCAGCAGAGAGACUUUAGUCACAUUUGGACCUUCAACAGAUGAUACUUCAACACUUUGAUGAGACAUUCAGGUUGGAUUGGUUUUGGGUAUCUUUCCAUCCUUGUGGUGGAACAGUUGAAGUACCGUGGUCACAGCCACAACAGGACUGCUGAGUUGCCUUGGCAACUGAUCUACCCAAAUCUUCUCAAUUGAAAGGACUUGGAAACAGCAAAACUGUCAUACCACAACAGUAUUUGCUUGUUGUGAUGUAUCACCACCAGUCCCAACCACAAGGCCCGCCGUCUUUUCCCAAUGCACCAAGACCUGUUCAUAAUCAGCAAACGAACCAACAACAUAAUUCCCCUGCCUCUAACAUGCGUUCUGGCUUCCCAUUUCCUCGGCACACGCAACUUCCUGAUGAGCUGGAGUCAGCUCUUGCAGUUCGAGGAGGCAGGGACACGGACCACCGUCUAACUUACCACACAAAUCAGCCACAUCAACAUCAGGGCAAAGGCCCAGUGUCUGCAGUCAGUCAACAUGGAGGCUACAGUUCCAGCCCAAUAGCACUCACCUCUGAUAAUCAGGCUGGUCAGCAAAGGGCAGACUGGUCAAGCUUCCAACCUCCAAAUAAACUGUUCACCAACCCUCCAUCUGGUGUUAGUCAUCACUCUCAACUCCAAGGCCAUCACCAGCAAUCUCAGACAAACCAAACAGGAACAACCAUUCCAAGUUGGGCAUCAAGCAACUUGUCCUCUUCUCAAGCCCAGCAACCACAUAGUGUUGGUGCACAUGGUCAGAGUCUGUAUACACCUGAAAAUGCAGGAAGUAUCUUGGCAAGCUUUGGACUAUCAAAUGAGGACCUUGAAGUGCUGAGUCAUUACCCUGAUGAUCAGCUAACCCCAGAUACAUUACCUUUUAUACUUCGUGACAUACAGAUCAACAAGUCGGACAACAAAAAUACUGUGGCACGCAACAUUCAUAACAAGCUGCUUUCUCCGACAAACGAUUCUCAGCUGACCGCGUCAUGCUCCCCUGAGGUACCCAGUCUUCUGACAGUUACAAAGACGGCAGGUCAAGUCAUUGACUAUGGUCAUGCAAGCCGGGCAAAGGAAAGUACUACGACAAAGACUUUUAAAAGAGAGAAGCUUUCAAGUGAUAGGAAAGUUGAAUUGUACCCAUCAUCAUCCUCUGCAUCCACUCCAAAAGUAGAAAAGGCUGAAAAACGUCAGGUACGUUUGGUACACGUGGAAUCUAGCAAGCAUGGAGACCGGGACUAUCGUAGAACAAGCAGCGACCAUCACAAGAGAAGUCUGUCACCAAGUAUAGAAGGUCCACCAUCUAAAUCCCGUAUUGUAGACAAAGACUACAGGCACAAUGGAUCAAAGCCGAGGUUCUCGACUGAAUCAAGGAGAGAGCUGUCCUCAAGGCACUCUAGCUCCUCAUCAUCUGGCACAGCUGCACACAUCACCAGCAAGAAGUUGCCUUCCUCCGCCUUGAUAAGUGAUUUCUCUGGCACGUGUCCUAAAGUGUUUCCUCAUUCCUGCACCCUGUGCCACAUUGCGUGUGAUCAUGAAAAGGACUGGAUUGACCAUAUUAACACUGUUAACCACACAGCUGCCUGCAGGGACCUGCGCAACAAGUAUCCUGAAUGGAAGCCGGAUCGGAAAAGCCCUCCCCACAGCAAAAGCAGAUCGGACCCUCCUUCCUACAGGCUGUAUGGCAGGUCUUAUUCUCCCUAUGACCAUCACCUUCACUUUGCAGGAGGUUCAUCGUAUCACAGUGGUUUGAAGCGCCCUUAUGGUGAUAGAAAACAAUCUUCUGACACCAGCUGGAAGGCAUCUUAUCCCAAGGCUGAUCAAAACUCCAAACAUGGACCAUCCCAUUCCUCCACUAAAGCAGACAAGAAGUCAGCAAAGCCUGGAAUUAAAACCACUAAGACUGCAAAUAGCAAGGCUGAUGAACCAUCCACCAAGUCUCCACCAGCCAAGAAGAAAAACGCGUCUACUCCAGCAUCAUCUGACUCCUCUGUAGCAGACCGUCUGGUUUACCUGACUGGGAUUCCAAACCAAGCCACAGAGCAGGAAGUUACUAAAUUAGUGGCCUCCUAUGGCAAGAUCAACAAUGUGAUCCUCAUGCCAUGCUCUGAAGAAGAGAGUGAAAAGGGUGACGGAUUAAAGGCAUCUGUGUGCAUGGUGAAGGCUGCAGAUGCUCAGGCUUUGGCUAACUCUGCAAACAUCAAAAUCGGAGAGCAGCUUAUCACUGCUUCACUUGCCAAGAAAUUUGAACCAGUCCAGGGUUCUGUCUCCUGUAUCAGCAAUCCUACUUCAAGUCCAGACAAGGGGCCUGACAGAAAAGACUCAGAGGGUGACGCUAACCUGAACACUUCGGAAAAGAAGGGUUUAGUGCUUAUCACCGGACUUCCUGAUCGUGACUGCUCUGAAAGUGACAUUGUCAAGCUCAUCCAGCCAUUUGGGAAUCCAAAUGACAUUAUCUUGGCAUCGUCAGUCAGAAAGGUUCUCGUGUCUGUGCCAGAUGUGGAAACUGCUCAAGAGGUGGUGAAAGUUCACACUUCAACUCCUGCAAAAAUGAAAGAUUGUGAGCUCAAGAUGAUGAAUAUCCAACAGCAUGUUGGCAUCGACACACCAGUGGCACUCUACAAUCUACUGAUGAAGUCAAUGGACCCAUUGGAGAACUCAGUUCCAGUUGGCUGGAGUAGUCUCUUGGUGAUCAGUAACGUUCCGAACACACCGUUUGCCUUCUCGGAUGUCAGGCAACUGGUUGCACGUUUUGGCACUGUUGUCAAAAGUCUGGAACUCAACAAUAUGGUCAUUUGUCAGAUGGCAACUGCAGCAAUGGCCAUGUCUGUCUACAAACGUUUCCAGAGGUUCCCAUGCAUUAUCCAAGCAAACCCGUUGUUGUUUUCCCGCAAGCCUGACCCCAAAGCUAGCAUGCAGACUCAAGUCCGUUCUCCAAACCUGCAUUCACCUGAGGAAAUUCUUGCAAACGAUGAUGGCAAAACAAGUGCAGCGUACCAAGAAGAGAGAGCAAGUGAAGACAAUUCUGUUUUGAAAAAGAUAGAACAAGAGCCCCAGUUGUUAAACGACCCUGAGAAGGUGAUCAGUCACGAUGAAGUGGUGGCAAAAAAUGGAAACAACAUUGUCACAAAUUCAAACAUAGUACCUGAUUCUGCAAAAGAAGCAGACAGACCGCUAAAGACACACAAGGAGGAGAUAUCAGCGAUUGAAGCAGACAUGAAGGCCGACGAGGAGAUGCUGGCUGUUGAAGCAGACAAGAAGACCAAUGAGGAGAUGCCGGCUAUUGAAGCAAACAAGAAGAUGGACAAGGAGAUGCCGGCUGUUAAAGCAGACAUGAAGACCGACGAGGACAUGCCGGCUAUUGAAGCAGACCUGAAGACCGAUGAGAUGCCGGCUAUUGAAGUAGACCUGAAGACUGAUGGGGAGAUGCCAGCUAUUGAAGCAGACCUGAAGACCGAUGAGAUGCCAGCUAUUGAAGCAGACCUGAAGACAGACAAGGAGAUGCCGGCUAGUGAAGCAGACAUUAAGACUAAUGAGGAGGUGCCGGCUAUUGAAGCAGACAUUAAAACCAACGAAGACAUACCUGCUCUUGAAACAGACAUGAAGACCGAGGAGAUGCCGGCUAUUGAAACAGACACGAAGACCGACAAGGAGAUGUCUGUUAUUGAAGCAGGCAUUGCGACUGACAAGGUGACAUCAACUAUUGAUACCGUCAUGCAGACAACCAUAAAUGCAGCCGAGUCCGAAGAAGCGCCUUCUACAGAUACGGCCAUUUCAGUGUUUACCGAGGAUACUGAAGAGGUGGGAGAUGCUGGAGGACAUCCGUAUAAAGUGGCAUCUGCUGCAGAUGGAGAUCAAGUACACCUGGAAGCGAAAAGGGAAAAGGCAGAUGAUGAGACGAAAGAGGCAGGGAGAGAAAAAGCAGAUGAUGAAACAAAAGAGCCAGAGAAGAGCCACAUAGAGGCUGCUUUAAAGACGCAGGAGAGGGAGAGAAUUGAAAGAGAGGCUAAAAAGGAGAAGGAAGCAAGGGAGAAAAACAGGAGAGAGAAGGAGAGGAGGCUCCGGGAGAAGGAGCAGAGGGCCAGGUGGGACAGGGAGCAGGAGGAAAGAACCAUGAGAGACAGGAGGGAAAGAGAAAGGAGGGACAGGAGGAGGGAACAUGGUGAUUGGUCCUUAGGAAGGAGAUCAUCUUGGAGGUUUGAGACAUAUAAAACCUCCUACAUGGAUGAGCCAACAACUUCAAACCAACCAGAUGCUGAGAUUCCCGAAAUGGGUAUGGACGAGGAUUUUGAUUCGUUCCCAUUGAACAUGAGCGACUUUGUGACCGUGGAUGAAGUAGGGGAUGUCGCCGACUUCCCCCAUUCACCACCUCCUCUUGCUGCUCCAGAGAAAACCACAGAGCAAGAACAGAAUCCACCCGCAUGUGUCCCACAGUGUACUCCUGAAGACACCCCCUUGGAAAUCAGCAAAGGAAUGUUACUGUCUCAGCCCGUGAAGUCUGAUGAUCCCGUAACCAAUUGUCAGCAUGAGCUCGUGAAGCCUGAUGAUCCCAUAACAGAUACUCAGCAUCAGCCCGUGAAGCCUGAUAAUCCCAUAACAGAUACUCAGCAUCAGACCAUGGAGCCUGAUAAUCCCAUAACAGAUACUCAGCAUCAGACCAUGGAGCCUGAUGAUCCCAUAACAGAUACUCAGCAUCACACCAUGGAGCCUGAUGAUCCCAUAACAGAUACUCGGCAUCAGACCAUGGAGCCUGAUCAUCCCAUAACAGAUACUCGGCAUCACACCAUGGAGCCUGAUGAUCCCAUAACAGAUACUCGGCAUCAGACCAUGGAGCCUGAUCAUCCCAUAACAGAUAGUCAGCCUCUGACCAUGACAUCUGAUGAUGCCAUAACAGAUUGCAAAGAUCCGCCUACAUCCUCUGCGGAGACCUUGGCUAGUUUAUCAGCAGGUGUGAUGGAAACUGCAGCCUCACCCACAGAAGUUCGACAAGAAUUCUCACCCUUCGACCAAAACCUUGUGCCUUCUUGUCAGCCAGGAGAGUGUGAGACAGAUGGUCCCACUACCGAGACUGGUAUGACUGCAGGAAGUAAGGCUGCAGAAGAAAAGGAAGAUAAAACCGCAAGCCUGGAUCAUAGUUCUGGAAAGGAGACUGGUAGCAUAAUGUUGGAUAAAGAAGAAAAAAUGCAAAACACAGAGGACAAAGGGACAAGCAUUCCAUCUGGUGAGCCAGGAAGGAAUGGGAUGCCUGAGAACACAACAAUUACUGAAGACAGGAGUGAGAAGAAGCAAUUAACGAUAAAAACUCCAACACCCCCAGACAACACUCUCAAGUUUGACCCCACCAACCCAGUCGGUAUGGAAUUCUUGGCCCCAAAAACAGGCUUCUUCUGUAAGGUGUGUAACCGAUUCUUCAGUGGAAACCGUGACGCUCAGAUCACCCACUGCAAAACCCUCAGGCACUUUGAGAACAUGCAGAAAUACUAUGAAGAAACGGCGAACAUGACUGUCAAACCAUCUUAACUGCCUUGGAGUGAAUAUCUGCAUUCCUUUUGCUUUAUUUCCGCUGGAUCUGGAUUCUAAUGGGCUAUUCCUUUUAAAUGGCUGCAAACAAAGGAAUGGAAACAAACGAUACAUGGUCUUUGUAGGCGUACUAGUGCGGGAUGUUUUUAGGAAUUACUUUGUCAAAUCAACAACCCUUGAUUGUUCAACUCCGAAUAUGUUCAGUGUCGUCAUUGAACUGGUCUUCACACACACACAAACACACACAUAUUUGAUCUAAUGAUUUAUGAUGAAAAUACACCAACGAAUGUGUUGUAACACAAGACAAAUGUCAACAAUCCUUGCAUGUUCGUGUGGUUCACCUCAUUGAUGACUUUCAUGAAGACUUUUUUACUGUCGUUACGAUCUAGUAUAGUUGUAGUCCUUACUGUGGGGGGCUGGUAAGGAAAUGGUUCAAUUGUGACGGGAGGAAAAAAUUUUUUUCAGCUUUUUCAAUGUAUUACUGUACCUUGCAUUAAAGAGCUUGUAUGACUUC